CACCCCUCCCCUCGUCACCCUUCCACGCCCUUCGUCACCAUUCCCUCCACGCCCCUGGUAACCCCUCCCCUAGUCGCCUCUCCCGACUCCACGCGCUCCGUCGCGGCUCCGCUGUGGCAGCGCCACGCGACGCGGGCGUGACGCCGCGUGUUGUGUAAGCGAAGCGCGCGCGCGAGCGCACGCGGAUCAGGAGGGUGGUGGUGGUUGUGGGAGAGUCGGAGCCGAGGAUCAUCCCCAGCGGGGCACCAGAGGAACCGGCUGCGGUCUCGAUUGCCUCAACCCAGGGGACGCGGACCGCAGUGUCCAGACUCCUAGAAACCGAGGAACGGACCGUGUGGACCCGCGACUGGGAUCGUGGGCAGGGGGGGAGACCGUGGCACGAACGGGGAUGGAGGCGGGCGCGCUCCCGGGCCCCGCGGUGGUGCUGCUGUCCGCGGGGGUGUUCUGGGCCGUGGCUCGCGUCGCGCAGCGCCUGCCCGCGCCGCGCUGCGCGCUCCGGAACGCGUGGAAGUGGCGGAACAGCGCCGCCUCCAUGGUGCACGGCGCGGUCACGGGCAGCGGCGCCGUUCUCUGCUUCUACUCGCAUCCGGAGAUGGCGGAGGACCUGAUCGGCACGUGGAGCCCCGCGUCGCAUUGCCUCGUCGCCGUCUCCAUCGGAUACUUCCUCAACGACUUCGUCGACAUGCUGCUCAACCAGAAGGUGCAGCGCUGCUGGGAAUUGCUGCUGCAUCACCUGGUGGUGAUCGUGUGUUUCGGUGUCGCCGUGCUGCGCCGCCGCUACGUGGGCUUCGCGACGGUCGCCCUCCUCGUCGAGAUCAACUCGGUCUUCCUCCACGGCCGCCAGCUCAUGCUCAUGGCCGGCCUGGGCAAGACGACGGCAGGCCGCGUCGUGGGCCUGCUCAACCUGGGCACGUUCGCCGUGUUCCGAAUCAGCACGCUGGCGUGGAUGACGCGCUGGCUCGUGCUCAACCGUGACGGCAUCCCCGCCGCCGCCUUCGCCACGGGCAGCGUCGGCAUGGCGCUCGUGACGGUCAUGAACAUCGUGCUCUUCUACCGCCUCCUGCGCAGCGACCUCCUGCACGCCGGCCGUGCCGCGCCGCUCCGCGGCAAAGAGACCGGCCUGUAGGCCGCAGGAGCGUGGCGGCGUCCGGCCCGACGUCGCCGGUCUGGGAUCGAUGGCCGCGCUUUUCUCCUUCCGUCGACUCGAGGCCACGGGCGGCGCCGAGACCGCCUGCUACCGCGCCGCCGCUCAUCCUCCCCCCCCCCCCUCUCGUGCCUCGUGCGCCGAGAGACAGUGGUCACAGAAUGAAUCGGUAACUAAAGCUCCGAUUAGUACAGAAAUUACAGCACUUCCGCGACGGCCGCCGACAAAGGCACCCACUCGUGUCAGUACGCCCUCUCUCGCGCGCGGCCUCUUGCUCCGAUCUCGGGUGCCACGUUCCUUGCCGUAGCCCCGCUCUGCUGGGUUUGGGCAGCGUGGGCGAUGGCGGCGGGUGGCAAGGGGCGUGCGCACACGAGUCGGACCAACACGGUAAACGCCGACAACCUAUGCCGUGGGUCUCCGAGAUCCUUCGAUUAUUCUUAUCACUACGGUGGUCUCUACUCUGAUAGCCGAGCCGGGCCUCCCUCUCUCCACUUGGCCUAGCUCAUAUGAAUCUUAUUCUUGCAGUCUGCCUUCCAGUAGAGACUGCUGACCGGUGCUGCAUGCCUGUGUGAGAUUAAUCAUUUCGGCGUGUGGUGUUAGGAAUAAUUUUUUACGGUAAAUACACUAAAUAGUAAUUUAUAUUUAUCGUGAAAACCUCAAGUAUAUUUUUUCUGUAGUAAUCAACGACGUGCCGCUGGGCGCCGCUUGCAUCGGCCGCCUCCUCCGGGAAAUGACCGGAAAAGCCAAUCGGCCGCCUCUCCCCACGUCGCGGCCUCGCGAUCUCAGGAGUCCGCACCGCUCGCUGGGGAUUGCGCCAACAAACGCGGCGGUCACACUCGCAACGAGCGGCUGCCUCGCACAGAGACGGGCGCAGCCUUCGCAGGGCCGCCCCCUCCCCCGCCCAGCGAAACUGUGGCGCGAGUCCACGGCGAACAUUCUCGCGCACAGCCGUCCAGGAAGACCGAAUUUAAAAUGGGCGCUUUACGGCUCCUUGCGUGGUUCGUGUUCCGUGGUGGGGUUCAGGUUGCGGAGUGGUGCUCGCUGCACGGGCGCUUCAAGUGGUGUUAACACUUCAUCGUCUCCCUCUCUACCUCUACGCGCACCUCCUUGCGUGAUUACAACUUCCCCCCCCGCCAUGCCAUUGUGCUCCCCCCCCCCCCCCACCGUGUGACACUUUCAAUGAAAUGAAAAUGUAAUUUGUCUAGCGGCGUAACAUGCGAGUAGCUGUGUCUGUGGUCUUGUCUCUAGCGACGCACCUUGGGCAGCCGCCUCUGUCUUUUCAGGCAGUAUUUAUUCGUGGUUUGAGUUACGAUGCAGACUAUUCCACUUCUCUGCUAGUAAUCCAGUCCGACCUCUACUGACCGGAAAAACGAGCGAUCUAUGUAACGGUGCAUACUGUAAUUAAACGUUUGAUCUGUA